GUCCUUGAUACUUUACGGCGUUAAAAAGUAAAUCUGAAAACUAGUAUGGAAGAGGAAGAUGAUUGGAGACAGUGUGCUGAAUGGUUAAAUAGAUGUCAAGUUAUCCCGGAUGAUCAUCCGGCUCUGGGGCCAGAUGGUAAUGCGAUUCACUUGGUUCAGGCCCUGAUGGACGGAGUUGCUUUAUGCCAUCUUUUAAGCACAUUAUCAAACCAUGAAUUGGAUAUAAGAUCGAUGAAAGAUUUUAGCCAUAUGCCACAAAAUUCACAGUUUUUAUGCUUUCAAAAUCUUCGACUAUUUACACAGUUAUGUGAAAAAGAAUUUGAUAUUCCCAGAAAUUUGCUAUUUCAACCUGGUGAUAUUUAUCAUGCUAAAAAUUUUGGAAAAGCGAUUGCAACUUUAUCAAAAUUAUCAUACUCAAGAAGAGCACAGUUAACUGGAAUACCUGGUUUUCCACCAGAAAAUUCAAAGCUACAAUCAACUCAUGAAUAUUAUAAUAAUCUUGAGGAAAUCGCUGCUGCAAUGAAUAAAUUACCUGACUCUGGAAAACCAAAUUAUACUCAAAUGGAAGAGGAAAAUAAAGAAAAACUGUACGAUACAGUGGUGUAUCAAGGUUCAAAAUCUCGUCUAAAUUUGGACUCUGAACCAACAACAGCACGAGCGUAUUGUAUUCGCGAAAUAGUGGAUACAGAAAAAAAUUACGUAGAUGUGUUGAAAAUGUUAAUUGAGAAAUACAAGCAUCCGCUUAUUGGAGUUCUUUCGCACAACGAAAUUGAAGAGAUUUUCAAGUACAUUGAGGAAUUACAUACUAUUCAUAGAGAGUUUUUAAGCAAUCUGAGUUUGGCAACUAGUGCAACUGUGAAUUUCCUUAGUUUAAGUGAUGUUUUUCUUAAAACUCGAGAUAAUCUUCUCAUAUAUGGAGAAUAUUGUGGUCAUUUACAACAUGCUCAAAAUUUAGUUUAUGAAAUUAUGCGAAAUGAUGUAGAAAAACGUAACAAAAUAGAAUUAUGUCAGUCAAAUUCAGAGAAAUACAAUAAAUUCGCUUUGGCUGAAUUACUUACAAUACCAAUCCAACGCGUUUUGAAAUAUCAUCUUCUGUUAGAGCAUCUAUGUAAACUCACUCCAGCUGAUCACUAUGAUCGUCCUGAUCUAACUGUAGCUCACGAAGCUAUGCGUGAAGUUGCAUUAUCUAUCAAUGAUGUUAAACGAGAUCUUGACACGAUUAGCUCGAUUGAUCAAAUUCAAUCCAGUUUACUUGAAAUAAUGCUGCCUCCAGAUAAAAGGUUAUCAAGUUAUGGGCACUUGCAUAUGGAUGGAGAAGUGAAAGUUCUUUCCGAAUCAGAAAGCAAAGCGAAAACUAGAUAUUUAUUUUUAUUCGAUAAAAUAUUGAUUGUAUGCAAACCGAAGGGUGAUAGUUUUACAUUUAUGUUCGCUUAUCAUGUUGUAAAUGGCCAAUUCCAACGAGUUACUUUAUCAAAUAAAAAGGGAUAUUCCUAUGGAUUUACUUUACCAAUUUUGGGUGAUAGAGAUUCGCCAAAUCUUACUUUCUUUACAAAAUCCGAAGAAUUACGUACAGCUUGGAUGAAAGCUGUAAUGGCUGCAUUGUCUAAUCUUUGUCCACCUGGAGCGAAAGACCGAGGUUACAACUUUGAAAUGUUCACAUUUAAACAACCUACUUAUUGUUGUAUCUGUAAUAAAUUAAUCACGGGAAUGUUCUUUCAAGGUUAUCGUUGUCGAGAAACAAAUCGAGCUGCACAUAAAAGUUGUCUUGCCAAUCAUAAUCUUCCACUGCGUGGUAUGGCUAAUCCACAUAUUAAUGGAGUUCCUCCGAGUGCCCCACCGCCAUUACCUCCACAGAUUAAUACAGUGCGUAGUCGACGCUCUCAUGUAACGAUGGGAAGUGUGCCAUGUACACCUGGAAACAACUCAUUAUCUAAUUCAGAAUCAUUUGACUUUUCACAGUUAACUGAUACAUUAUCUUCUGUGAACCACUGGCUUGCGACUGAUCAUAACAAUCUGUCGAAUGUCACUUUACAACGUAAUCGACGUAUAUCUUCAGGUUUACCUACAUCAAGUAUUCCUCCAGUGAAUCCAACUUUUGCUAUAGUACGAAAAGCAUAUGAUGGUGAUCCUCUUCCACCAUCAGGUAGUCAUCCUUUGAAACUAUCAAUUGGAGAUCAAGUUGAAUUGAUCAAAUGGACUGAAGGCUCAUCAUGGUGGCAGGGUUACUGUGAUGGAUCUGAAGGUUGGUUCCCUGCUAAUCUCGUUGAAAUGGUGGUGAAUAAUAAAAUGAAUAUGCCAAACAGUACAAGAUUUUCUCAUCAAGUAUCUUCAUCGUCUAGUUCUGAUCGAACACCAGUUUUUAAUAAUAAUACUUCAGUUCAGAAACCUUUCUUUUCACCAAAUGAAACGUCUCCAUCCAAUUUACCUUUAUGUACAAUAGCAAAUAAAACUUUAAAUAACAGUCUAUCGCCUAUCGUCGGUAAUAAUUAUAAUAAUAUUCCUAGUCCUCCUUGCUCAUCAUUAACAUCUCUUAUCCCAGUGAAUAUGAAUAUAAAUAAUUCAUAUCCUCCAUUAAUGUUUCGACGUUUGAAAAAGCGUAGUUUAUCAGCUUUGGAAAUUCCCGAAUUAUCUCAGUGUAUUGAUUUAGUUCCAUCAGUAUUGUCAACUACCCAAACUGCAACUGUUAGUGCAACAGUCACCUCGAGAUUUGAAAAUUUUCCAACAGAUCUAACGAUGGACCAUUCACAUUACUUUCUGUCGACUUUUCCCUGGUAUGUUGGUGAAAUGGACAGACUUGAAGCUGUUAAUUUAUUAAGUAAUUGUAUUGACGGUACAUUUCUUGUACGUCUGUCUAAAAGUGCUGAGAGAAUGGGAGAAUAUUCACUAUCUGUUGUAUACGGUCAUCCACGGCAUAUUCGUAUACAGCGUUUUUCAUCAUCUGAUAAUUCCUGUAUUACAUAUGGUCUUUGUGAAUUAGAACAAUUCCCAAAUAUACCGUGCGUAAUUGACAACUACUCCAAAGUGUCGUUAAAUCGGUGCUUCGAUGAAGUUGACAUCACAUUACUUUAUCCCUACCAGAAGUGUCCUUCAUCACCAUUGUUCUAUGUCCGUGCAAAUUUCGAUUUUCAUGAUACGUCUAAUAGUCGUUUCUUGAAUUUGAAAGGAGGUGAUCGAAUUGCUGUAGUUAGUCGUGCAGCUGAGGACAGAGGCUGGUGGAAGGGAUGGCUAAAUGGUCGUAUUGGAUUCUUCCCCAUGUCUUUUGUGACAAGAGAGCUAUCUGGAUGAUUAUACUGGAUUACUAUUUUAUUUUUGGAAAAUUUGUAUUCUUUUUUAAUCCACUUAUUUUGUGAACAUCUUUUUACCAAACCCAUUUUUAUCCCGUCAGAAAUCUAUACAUACAACCCAGUGUGAACUGUUUAUUAACAGCGAUUUAAACAAUGAAUUUUUGAAUAAUUAUAACUUUCUUUUGUCACUAAUUUAUCGUAAUAUCUAUUGGUUAUAUGUCUAUGUGGAAAGAAAGAGAUUUGUAUAAUAACCAUAAGAAAUGCAACCUAUACUUCUCUUAUUUUUAGCUAAGUAUGUUUCUCCAUCAACACUAUAUCAUUAUAAUUACUGCUUAAUCGUUAGGUAGUUAGUCUCUUGGUUACCAUAUUGUCUGCACAUAUGUAGCACCUUAUUAUAAGUAUAGUCAUUUUUCGCUUCUGUUUAUUUUGUACAUUCGUGUGCCUUGAUCGUUAAUUUAGGAAACUAAUCAACAAUCCAUUCAAUGUUGUUUAAGUAUAUAUAUAUAUGAAAUUACUUAAUUCCACUAUCCAAUCAUGGUGUGUAAAUAGUGUGUAUAAUCACAUCGAAUGUGCAUUGUGUAUGCGUGUUUCAUUUUUUCUAAAAGAUUUUAAUAGUUUUGUAGUUAGCAAUUUUUGAUUUGCCUUUUUGUUUUGUGUAUAGCAUUUCUGAUUUUCAGCGUCAUCAUGUUUUUUUUCUUAUCAUUGCUACUUUUCUCUUCCAUAUGUUUUAAAACACAAAGCAUUUACCACUACUUUGAUAUUGAUAACAAUAUUAACAAUAAUUAGAACACCAGUAAUAAUGAUCUUUUUGUACUUCCCUGUUUAUGAUAGCUGUCUUUCUUAAUCAAAAGAAAGUUAUCGAUGAAUUUAUUCUACUGUUUUUCUGUCAUCCUUGUCUGCUGCACAAUGUCUCUUAUUGUCUGUGAAUGCAAACUCACAAAUCAUAUUACGUUGUAUCUUUCUACCAGCUUCUUCACCUCACCCUAUCUGUAUAUAGUUGGUUUUCCCCCUAUCCUCUCAUAAUCUUGUAAUUCCUCGUUUUGUUUUGUUAUGUUUUGAUGAAUUAUGGAAAUGUAAAAUGUGAGAUAACAGACAUUUAUUUGUUUUAAACUUUCCCCUUUUUUAUUUCAUAAUUGUCCAUGUACUUUCUUCGGUUAUGGUUCUUUUUUAUUACCACCAUAAUUUUCACUAUUUUUAUCGCUUUGAUUUGAAAUUAUUGUAUUCCCUUUGUUUUAAAUGUAAUGAAAUGAAAUGUGUACAAAAAAAACAAUAAUAUUGAUCUUUUCUCUAAUCAAUCUAAAAUUUCAGUUAUUUGACAGAUUUGUGUUUUAUUGUACGAUAUUUUACCAUUGCCACCUUGGAUGUUAAAAAAAGUGUUUAAUCGAUGAAUUAAUUGAUUUUGUUGUCAGGACAAUGAUCAUUUUAAUAGUUUAUUAACUCACUUGUUAGAGCCUUUUUUUCUUAAAUCAGCUGUUCAAAUCAUGAUUGUUUGUGUCUACAUAAACAUUAAGGUUAUGUAGCUCGAUAAUUAUCAUAUGAGAAUAAUUGAUUUUUAUUUGAUUAAAUUAAUGAAAUAGAAAGAACACAUGGAUGAUCUAAACAUAUUUGAUUUGAUCAUUGAAUGAUUGACAAAGGAAAAUAAAAGACAAUAAAACAAAAAUUUUCAUGUUUGUCAAAUCAAUCGCACUUUAGUAAUUAUC